UCUUUAAAACAUUACUUUUACAGCUUCCAAUAAAAAGUUGACGCCUCCAAAAUACACUAGAUGCUAAAACACCGGAUUAUCACUCUUCUCAUUUCCUUCUACCCACAAACCGUAAACCACCGCACCCCCACCUCUCCAGCCAAACGCCGGCGCCGGAAUCCAUAGAGCCACCUACGGAAUACACCGAAGGCCAUCGCCGGAAUCUGUCAGUUUAUGGUAGAUGAGAACCGAGAGAGAGAGAGAGAGAUCGGGUCUGUGAUGGUUUAAUGGAGAAGAGAAUUUAUGUGGGUUUUGAUGAUUGAGUUUUUCUGAUUUGGGGAUUUUGAUUUAGGGUUUGAAUUUAUGUGGGUUUUGUUGAUUGGGUUUUUAUUGGGUUGUUGAGAUGGGGUUCAAUGGCCAUUAGAGCUUCCAAAUCUGGUUUCUUCUUUUGAAAAAAGGUCUCCUGCUAGGUGGUUCUCCUUGUUUCUUUGUGAUCUUCGAAACCCGUAUUUGCGCCUCCUUUCUCCUCCAUACCGAUAGUUCCAUUUUUUUCUUUUCUUUUUUCCUUCGAUAGGUCGCAAAUUUGGAUAUUGUUGAGUAUCUUUUCUGCGAGCUCCUUUCGAGUUGCUACUCCUUCCACAGCUACAAUAACAUUAGAACUACCGAGAAAUCCUUUUAGCACAACUUCAAAGGCAUUUCCUUCUCCGUUUGCGUCAGUGAACGUCUUCUUCCAGUUGGUGAAGACUUCUUUUUGUUCCCAAUUCUUGCAGAAUUUGUUGAUGUAUUGGCUGCUUUCGUUUCUAUUCUAUUUGUUGUGUUUGGGUGAUGUGUCAAAAUUUGAUUGGGGGCUGUAAAAGUGGUGUUUUACAGAUGGACCGGUUCACAGAAAGAAAAGAGAAGUAAAACAAUGAAAAUCGUUUUUCUCCCGACUUCUCUUGGUGGGUGCACCAGGAUUCGAAAAUUGCUUCACUUUCUCUGUGGUCCUGACAAAGCACAAGGUCAUUUUUGCGUAAAAUAAAGACCUUGUAUUACAGAUCUUUGGGUUUUCUUCUGGCCUGGGCAGUGAUCUCUGAGACAGCAAGUGUCUCUAGAGAGGUUUCUGAGUCAUGAGAGUAUUCAGUGGCUGGCGCCGUUUUCUCUUCUGUCUUCCUCUCAUUUUCUUCCUUCCUCAUUUGUUCUCUGUUAUGGAAUUGCAUCAGAACUCGAAUGUCGAAUAUCCACAGAAGAAACAUAGCAAGAAAGUUGAUCAUCUUGUGCUUGGGCCUGCUGCUGGACAAGGCUUGCCCAACCGUUUGCAAUGUGAAGGUAUCAAAGCUCUCAACAAGUCAUUCUUCUCCCACAUAUCCAGAGGCGGAGAAAAUAUUGCUUUUGUCACUGUUUUUGCUAUUUAUAAUUCUUCCCCGAACAUACAUGUAGAUGAUAAAUCAGACUUGGUCAUUGUUGGGAAUACUUCAUAUAGUAAGGUGGAGAGAUCAAUGGCCAUACUGAAUGUCUUCAUUGACUUCAUUCAGACGACAAUGCCUCAAAGCAACAUUAUAAUUCUUACGGACCCAGCAUCUGACCUUCAAAUGCGCAGAAAUAGGGUUGCCUUCCAUCCAAUUCAAGGUGAAUAUUCACGAGACAGGUUGAUGCUUCAAAGAAUCAGGUCUUACAUUGCUUUUCUAGAAACAAGGCUUGAGGAGCUUUCUCAUAACAAGGGGCAUAUCACUCAUUACAUCUUCACUGACUCAGAUGUAGCAAUGGUUAAUGAUCUAGGACAGAUAUUUCGGGAUUAUCCAAAUUUUCAUCUGGCUCUCACCUUCCGGAACAACAAAGCUCAACCUUUGAAUUCAGGAUUUAUAGCAGUGAGGGGUACACCUGAUGGGAUUUUAAGGGCAAAGGUUUUUCUACAAGAAGUAUUGAAAGUCUACAGUUCAAAGUACAUGAGUGCUUCCAGAAUGCUUGGAGAUCAGUUAGCUCUUGCCUGGGUUAUAAAGUCGGACCCUUCCUUUGACACAACGAAAUUUACCAAACCACAAGCUUUUCUAGAAAAAAUUGGAGGUGCCUCAGUACUAUUUUUACCUUGUGCUAUAUACAAUUGGACGCCACCCGAAGGUGCAGGUCAAUUUCAUGGCAUGCCCUUAGAUGUUAAGGUUGUCCAUUUCAAGGGAUCAAGGAAACGCCUAAUGCUAGAGUCUUGGAACUUCUUCAAUUCCUCUGGUAACAUGUCAGAUAUGCUAUGCCUCAUCUUAAGUAGUGGGAGAACAAAGUAUGAUUUUUGAAUAACUUCAUAUGAUUUUUUAUUGGGGGAAAAACCGAUUUUACUCAAGUUAGGGAAUGAGGUGGUGCCAUCUCUGCCAACUAGCCUUUCCAUCCUUCGUAUUAGAUUCAAUUUUGCAGGCAGCAAGUGGAAUUUCAAAAGAUGUGGGAACUCAGAAUAUGGAUACCAAUUUCCUGCAACAAAUGUUUGACUACCUUCAAUUCUUCUCUUGCAAUACUCUUUUUACAUCUUUCCUCCAAUUUUUUUGAGGGCGGCGCAUUAUUUUUUGGCAAGGAAGUGUGAACAUGAUAUUGAUUUAAGGUAAUACCAUAUUUUUCUAAUGA